UUGUACAUGGAUGAGCUUCAAAGGAUUAAUAGUCAAUCGUUCACCAAUCAAUCGCAAUCAGCCAGCAUGGCUCCAGCCGUUCGUUCGUUCUACAAAGACGCGACGGUAUUGAUCUGUGGGGCCACCGGGUUCCUCGGUCAAAUCCUGUUGGAGAAAAUUCUCAGAACAUUGGAACCGCGCACGGUGUAUUUGCUAAUACGCAGGAAAAAGGGACUCGAUGUAGAUCAACGGCUUCAGAUGCUGCUGCAAGGGGUGGUGUUCGAUCGAGUUCGCUCGUUACCCAUCGUGUCCAGGGUGCAAGCAAUCGAAAUGGACAUGACCCGACCGGACUUGGGGCUGAAUGAAGAAACUCGCCGCUGUCUGAUUGAAGAAGUCAACGUCGUGUUCCAGCUUGCAGCGCUCGUGAACUUCAUGACGCCGUUGGAUCGUAUUCUGAAGGAGAACGUUCAAUACAAUCUGCAUCUAUACGGUUUGAUGAGGCACAUGAAAAACUUGCGAGUUGCGAUGCAUGUAUCGACGAUGUUCUCCAACUGUGACCGGAAGGUCAUUCUUGAAAAGGUUUACAGCGAUGUCGGAUUUGGAGGGUAUGACUCAAUCGUGGAACUUCUGAACAAGCUAGAUCAACCGGAAAAGGAAGCCGUAGCGCCGAUCAUCAUCGGGAAACAUCCAAAUAACUACACUUUUUCCAAGAAAUGCAUCGAAUCAAAGCUCCAACAGGAGUUCUUCAACAUGCCCAUCGGGAUAUUCAGGCCUCCGUCCAUUAACGCUAGCUAUGAAGAACCACUCCCCGGUUGGACCAACAAUCUAUACGGUUACGCUGGAUUCACCGUUCCGGCAAUCAUCUGGUUAUACAGUGCUUUUUUCGUAGAUGAUUUCAUAAAACCGAUGUUUGCUCCUGUUGAUUAUUGCGCAAACGCUUUGCUCGUAUGUGCAGUAGACGUGGCAAAGAAUUAUACCAAGGAUCAAAGUGAAAUUCCAGUCUUCAACUACGCUGACAGCCACUCGCCAAUUUUGAGGGAUAUUUUCAAUUACUCGACUGCUGGACUACCGUGGCCACAGAGCUUUAUUUGUCGUCACUUCAUGAUCACCCGUACGACCAACGAGUUUCGUUAUCGUCUGUCGGUAAAAAUGAUGCUUGCUCAUGCCACGAUUUUUGAUCGGGUUGCGAUUUGGAGAGGUUAUCCAGGUGGCAUUCGGAAAGGUGUCGAGCGAGCACUGAUAAUGAUGGAAAAAAUUGGACCGGUGGCCAUUACGACGUGGGAGGUGGAAACUGCCAACAUCAAACGAGUACUGCAGGGUCUGGAUCCGGAUGAGAGAGCGAUUUUUCAGUGCGAUAUGGCCACUAUAAACUGGGAACGACAUUACGCGGAUUUUGUGCGAGGGAUCAAGAAGUAUGUGCUGAACAUUCAAGAAUUAAGAAUAUGUGCGUGUUACCGAUAG